GCCUGCCCCCUGAUCGGCUGCUGCGGUCCGGGACACGAUGGCUUCUGUGGGGGUUGCUGCCGGCCGGCAGGCUGAGGACACGCUGCCGCCGCCCGCCGAGCCUCCGCUGCCGGAGAUGAAGCCGCUGCCGCAGCCGCAGCCGCCGCCGUCUGUCUCUGCGCAGCAGCCGCAGCCCGCGCCGAAGCCUCCAUCCCCUGCCGGCGUGAAGGCGGAGGAGAACUGCUCCUUCCUUCCCUUGGUUCACAGCAUCAUCAAAUGCAUGGACAAGGACAGUCCUGACGUCCACCAGGACCUGAACACCCUGAAGACCAAGUUCCAGGAGAUGCGCAAGGUGGUCAGCACCAUGCCUGGCAUCCACCUGAGCCCCGAGCAGCAGCAGCAGCAGCUGCAACGCCUCCGAGAGCAGGUCCGGACCAAGAACGAACUGCUGCAGAAGUACAAGAGCCUGUGCAUGUUUGAGAUCCCCAAGGAGUGAUGAGCCGACCCCAGGAGGAGUGCUGGGGCACCGGCGUCCUAUCUCCCAGCCCUGUGGAAUGGCUCUGGUACUGCCUGCUUAGCUGAACUUUACCCCUGACUGCAGAGCCAGUGCCCGAGCUGGUUCCCUGGGCAUCCUCGUGUGCUGUCCCCCCGUCCAGAUGUGUAGUAACUGCCUGCUGAAGGAGGAAGCCUUCCUGGGGCUGGGAGUGGGGCCUCCUCUUGCCUCUGGGGAGGGACACAGCAGGAAGGGAGGCGGCUUCCCUGUGCCCCUCCCCACCCACCCCAGACGGUGGUUGUACCAGGAACCUGGUGUCCAGUGAGCAGUGUGUGUGGACAGUUAGGCCUGCACACGUAUGAAGAAAGGCCUUGAGAGAAAGGCAUGGUUUCAGAGACUAUGGGGUAGCCUUUUGCCCUGGAAUAGUUGUUUCUUUCUGUUUGAAGCAUGGGUGUUCAUGGGUAUCAACCAGGAGCCCACCAGGCACCCCCCGCCUAGGUUCUCUGCCACCCAUGUCCUUGUUACUUGCAGCUCUUGCUUCUUUGUCCCCUGUUACCUUCAGUCAGCUUGUUCAGCCAUCUACUGCCCGAGAAUGGCCAGGCCACCUCAGACCACGUGGUCUCAUCAGCCAUGGUCUGAUGAGAUGAACAGAUGCCCUCUCCAGCUUUCCCAAGUCCUGUCCCUGGUUCACCAAUGACCUCCCCUCUGGCCUUAUUGCGUGCACUGGGGGGUCACAUGAAAAAGGACAGCUCUGGGCCAUGAUUCUGAUGGCCUCUUGGGGUGGGGGAAGCUGGCCCUGGCAAUCGUGUGGCCCAGGCCUGGUUCAUAGAUGUUUAUAAACACCCUUGUUUUCUCCAGACAGACAUUGCGUUUGUGUGACCAGCCUGAGGUGAAAGCCUCUGAAACGUGGGGACAAGUGGCGAGUAUCACUCAGAUCUAGAGUGGGCUCAUCCCUGUGCCAGCCGCGUCAGGGCUGACGGGCGCCCGCCAGUUGGCAGGAAUGUAGGCUAAGGGUGUUCUGAGCAGGAGCUCUGUCUGAGUCUGCUGGCAGCUACCUGUCAGGUGUCCAGGGGAAGGAUGAAGUUUCAGCAGCCUCAUCCAGAGGAGCAGGCUCUGAAUUUAAGUGGGUGUUCCCUGAGGCCAGCUCUGCUGCGGGGCUGUUAUAAACUGAAUCAGUUAUUUUUUUGAAGUUUCAAGAGUACAGUACUGUGUGGGCCGAUUUUAAGGCUCCAACCAAAUAACCAUGGAAUGUGAAGCUCAGAAAUACCAGGCGGCUGGGCCUUGCUGCGAGACUGCAGUGGACACGGGCUCCUCGUGGGUCUCCUCUGUGCUCCAGUGUUGUGACCUGUGACGCUUUGCAAGAGUGUGAUUAAAAGAACUUGUGCUCUGCUGUCAGGACA